AUGAGGCAUUCUUCUUUUCUAUUCUUCAAACGAUUAACAAACAUUCACGCAGUCCGUCGUCGUUUAGCUGUAGGUUUCGAUGAUCGAGGCAAUGGGAUUAUGAUGUUUAAAAACUCUAAAGGUGUUGAAGUUGACUUAGUCAAUUAUGGUUCAUGCGGGGUGUAUUUUUCUGCUUACAAUGAAAAUGGUUUUGUGUUAAACAGUGGUGUUAAAAUUAUUGGACCAUGUGUUGCAUUCCCUCGAAAUGUAUUAUGCUGGCAUGUUAAUGAUGCUUUAGAUAUUACGGAAAAGUCAUUAUCAUUAUUUUUUAUGCUAGAACCUCCAAUCGAAGUUUUGUUAAUUGGUAAAGGAGAAACAAAAAGCAUGGUGGAUUAUCGUAGGAUUUUAGACAUAUGCUGGCAGCAUCGUUUAUGCGUUGAAGUGAUGCCAACGCAUAUUGCUUUAGGUACAUUCAACUAUUUAAAUUCAGAAGGACGUUAUGUCGCUGCAGCUGUAAUUCCACCACGUCGUCUUGAUGAUUACGAGGAGGCUGAUCGUAGAGCUACUCGAUUAUUAAUAGCUAGAGAAAAUGAAACUACCGAAGAAUUACUUCUACCAAAAGAUGAUAAUAAUUCUACGUCGAAAUUAUUAACCUCUGGAGAAUAUAAAGAUGUCAGUGUGACACGUUCACCUUUAGCUGUCGACUCGAACACCUCCUCCUCCUCCUCAUCAUCAUCAUCAUCACCUAACUUGUCUAAUUCUUUGUCGUCAUCGUCGUCGACUUCUCCUUCUUCUGAGGUUACUCAUUAUAUAUGUUUCACCUACAGAAUUUAUAAUAACCUUUCAGUUCACCGAGUUGUACAUAAUGGUGUUAAUAUCCUGGCAAGAAUUAUAAAAAAAACACCCAGUAAAUCUCAUCGAUUAUUUUCAAAUCAAAUCGCUACGGAAUGUAAAGAAAAUUUAAGUAGUACAGAAGAAAAGCCUAAAAAACGUGUUUGGCCAAGACAAUUACCUCCUGAGAUUGAAAGUAUUUCAGUGCCUCCAUCGACAUCUGUGGCAACCACUUCAAAAGCUCCAUUAAUUAAAGACUUUUUCAUGGGUCAAGUUAAUCUUGAAUUGUUCGAAUUCCCUGAACUAGAAACCAGGAGUAAAGUGGAAAAUCUAAAUAUGAUGCAUAAUCAAAUCAAGCAAUUCAUACUAAAAAUGAACAGUUAUGAAAUCGAUAGAAACACUGGCUUAUCAAAAGAAUCCAUACGUAAAUUAAAUGAUAUAGGUCUACUGAGUUUAUCGAUUGAUAGAGAAUAUCAUGGCUUGGGUUUUAAUACAACUCAAUGGACUAGAGCUGUUGAAGCGAUUGGAUUAGAUGGAUCUGUAUGGGCCACGGUGACUGCACAUCAGAAUUUAACUGCUAAGGCAAUAUCAUUACUUGGAACAAAAGAACAGAAAGUACACUAUUUACCAAAAUUAGCCUCAGGAGAAUAUAUCGGUGGAUUUUGUCUAUCUGAAAUCAGUAGUGGUAAUGAUAUCCAGGCGAUGACAAGUUUAGCUGUUACAAAUGAAACUGACGAUCAUUACCUGCUGAAUGGUUAUAAAACAUGGGUAACCAAUGGUGCUGUAGCUGAUGUUUUCGUUGUUUUCGCUCGUACACAAUGUGAUCAAGAUCAAUCCAGAAAUGAGAUAACAGCAUUUAUCGUUGAUCGAUUAUCCGAUGGUAUUGAAUGUGGACCGUUGCUAGAUACUUUUGGUGCACGAGGAUCAAAUGCAAUUAAUAUCACUUUUAAUAAUGUGAAAAUUCCUAAAAAAAACCUAUUAGGUAACCAUGGUGAUGGAUUCAAAUUAGCCCAAGAUAUAUUGGUUCAACAUCGUUUGAAUACAAUAGCUGCUGGUGUCGGUGUAUUACGUUACCUGUUGUCGUAUAUUGCUGAGCAUUGUUUACAACGUCAUCAAUUCGGCAAGCCUAUCGGUGAUCAUUCUAGAGUAGAAGAGAAGCUAUCUGAUAUUGUUUUAAAUCUUUAUGCAAUGGAAUCAGGCUUAUAUUAUUUGACUGGUUUAUUAGAUGCUCAACCGUCACGUGAUCUCUCCUUAGAAUUGGCUGCUUUAAAGAUAUUUAGUUCAGAGAAAGUCUACUCAGGUAUUGACGCUUGCAUGCAACUAGCUGGACGUUUUGCUCUGCUUAGAGAUGUUCCCUUCGAACGAUUUCUACGAGAUUCUAGAAAUCAUCUUGUCAGUAUGGAAUCCAAUGAUAUUUUACGUAUUAUGAUUGCAGGUAAUAGUAUUUCCAAUAUGGCAGAACAUUAUCAACAAACAGUCUCUAAACUAAGUGUAUAUGCACGUCAUCCAUUGACUGGGAUAAAGGCUACAUGGUUAGCAAAAGGCCGUAGAAGUGGAUGGUUUGCUAAUAAAGCUGGUUCAGGACCGAAAGUAACUGAAGGGAAUGCUUCACGUGAUUUGAAAGAUCAUUUACAACCUACAUUUGCUAAAAUGGCCACUGAACUUGCUAUAUGUACGCAAAGAUUUCAAACAUUAUGCGAAAUGUCACUUAUCACACACGGUCGAGAGAUUGCUGAUGAACAGAUUUGGUUGUGCCGGUUAGCAGAUGCUUCAAUUGACCUUUUAUUGACAUCAAUUUGUUUCGGGCGUGCUUCUAGAUCAAUAAGUAUUGGUGUACCACGUAAUGACUAUGAGAAAACUUUAGUGCACGCGUUUAGCCGACAAGCACUUCAGCGUGUUAAACACAUUUUAGCUUAUACACAUGAAAUGGAUCGUUAUCAACAUCGUGUUGCUAGUGAACUAUUAACACAACGUGCCUAUCCUGUAUCUCAUCCCUUAACGCGUGUAUGGUAA